AUGUCUUCUUCAGACUCUGCUGAUAACAUUUUCAAGUGGGAGGAACGUGUAUGCUUAAUCAGUGGAAGAAAGUUUUUCAAACCUAAAGUCAGUGGAUCCAUUACACCUGCUGUUGGAAUGUUUUUUAAAUCAUUUGAAGAGUCUUUUGCGUUUUAUCAGAGAUAUGCACUUGCUGCAGGUUUUUCUGCAAGAAAAAAUACCUCUUGGAAAAAUGGUGGUGGUUUAGUGAAAAUAAGAUAUAUUGUCUGCUCAAAAGAAGGAUUUCAUGUUAGCAAAGAGAUAGAUUCUGGUUCAGUUGAUGAGAACAGUAAAAAGAUUGUUAGACGUAAUAGAGGUUCAAAAAGAGUUGGAUGCAAUGUUCAUGUGAAAUUAAUAUUAGAGAACAAUAAUAUGUUUAAAAUCUACUACUUUGAAGAAGAACAUAAUCAUAUCUUUGUUGAAGAUGAAGAUAUUCAUUUCUUGCCGGCUGCCAGAAGUAUCGAUUAUGUUAAAGAAAGUUUUAUAUCUGGAUUGUCUGCAAUCAAUAUUGGACCUGUUAAAACAUUCAAUAUUAUGAAAACAAUGUAUGGUGGUUUUGCUGAAGUUGGUGCUAGUAAAGUUGAUUGUAAGAAUUAUAGAAGGGAUUUGAAUCUUUACAUAGGAGAGUAUGAUGCAGAAAUGGUAGUUAGGCAUAGAAGAUUGAAAGGGCUAUUCUGGGCUGAUGAGCAAUCAAAAAUAAAUUAUACAGUGUUUAGUGACAUAGUUGGUUUUGAUGCUACUUAUAAAUCAAACAAGUAUGAUUUGGUUUUUGUACCAUUUACUGGGAUUGAUAAUCAUUUUAGGAAUGUCACAUUUGGUGGUGCGUUACUUGGUUCUGAGAUUGAAGAUUCUUAUAGAUGGCUUUUAAGGUGCUUUGUUAAUGCUUUGGGAAGUGAGCCUAAAGUUGUUGUUACUGAUCAAGAUGCUGCAAUGAAGAGAGCUAUUAAGGAUGUACUUUCAAGAAGUAGGCAUAGGUUAUGUAUGUGGCAUAUAUGGGAGAAAUUGAAGACAAAGGUUGGUCCUGUUUUGUCAGCAAACAUUGAUUUUAAUACAAGAAUGACUCAUGUUGUUUGGAAUGAUACUAUUAUUCCAGAAGAUUUUGAAACUGAGUGGCAUUCAAUAAUGUCUACUUUUGGAUUGGAAAAUCAUGAGUGGUUAAAAGAUAUGUACGAUCUUCGAUUUGAUUGGAUUCCCGCUUAUUACCAUGGAGAGGAUUUGGCUGGUCUUAUGCGUACUACGUCUAGAUGUGAAAGCGAGAAUUACUUCUUUGGUCAGAUUUGCAAUCCAAGAUGUACACUUGUUGAAUUUUUCAGUCAUUUUGAGACUGCAAUGGAUAUUCAAAGGCAUGAGCAUAGGAGGAAUGAUCAUGAUACAAGCUUAUCUUAUUUACAGGUGCAAUACAGCAAACAAGAAGAUGGUUUAAGUAUAAGUUAUUCUUGCAAACGUUUUGAACAAUUUGGUAUAUUGUGCCGCCAUAUAUUUUAUGUUCUACGGUAUGAUGAUAUAACUGAGUUUCCUAGAAGAUAUGUUAAUAGAAGAUGGAUGAGAGAUGUUGUUUCAAAUGGUUCAAAUCAUUGCAAUAUUCGGUUUGAUGAAAUUGGUAGGAAUAGUGAAAUUGUUAAAGUUUAUAGAGAAAUCAUUGUUGCAAAUGAGUAUGUGGUUAAUAGGCUGGUUGGGGAUUUAGAUGAGCUGUGUCGUUACAGGGAUCAUAUUAAAAGUUAUAUUGAUAAAGCGGAUGAGGUUAUGGUUGCUGCGACGCCUCCUAGUCGCAAAGAAAGAUUUGCUGAUAUUGGAGGGAACUUAGAAAAAUCAGAUUCUAUGAUUCGUGUCCCGAUCAAAAUAAGGACCAAAGGAUGCGGUGUACAAAAAAGGAUCAAGUCUAAUCGUGAGAUUGCAAUUCAGAAAUCAUCAAAGAUCCAGAAAUCGUGCCGUGUAUGUGGUGGAAAAGGACAUAACAGUCGCACAUGUAAAGAUAAGGUUUCUUCUAAUGCUAUAGGUUCUAGCAAUGCAAUGUAA